AUGGCGCAACAAACACAUUAUCCGCCACCACCCAUGUCAGGUCAGUCCUCUGCGCUAUUCUGGCAGGAAUCUUCGUUAGCAUUCAAUCCUCCCUCGAUUUCCUCGGUUGCGGCUCCCAAUAUGAAUUAUCCGCCUCCUCCCAGACAGCCUCCCCCAAAUGGAGUGUAUACUUCAGCCACUCCACCGACAGAGAGCCCAAAACCCCACCGACACACACAGUCAAAUGGGGGAUAUCCGGCGCCGUCAGCCUCAGUGAGCCCGCAGAUACAGGAGCCCCAGUUUGCCCAGCAUAAUAUCGCUGCGUCCACUCAAAACACCGUCAUGGGGAUGGACAAAGUACCUGGAGGAGCCCCGGCAUUUGGAGACUUCACUGGAGCGACGGCAGCCAAUAGUGAUGAUACUGGCGUUUUCAACGGCGGCAGCUAUAGGAUCAGCCACCGAGAUACCAAUUCUCUACUGACAGUACAGCUGGCGAUGGGUUGUCCCUUGACUAUCAGACCCGGCGCAAUGAUCGCCAUGUCCCCAACCCUCACAUUGCGAGGAAACGUAAGUUUCUCCUGGAAGAAAUUCAUCGUCGGCGGCAGCAUGACCAUGUCCCACUACACCGGUCCGGGCGAACUCCUAGUAGCACCUUCAGUAUUGGGCGAUAUCAUGGUCCUCCGCCUGACCGGAAGCGACGAAUGGAAAGUCGGACGUGAUGGCUUCCUCGGACACACCGCUGCGAUCGAGCACAAAUACCAAGCGCAAAGCUUAUCCAAAGGAGUCUUCUCCGGCGAGGGACUUUUCAUCUACAAGAUCACUGGAACCGGAUUACUCUGGAUCCAGAGUUUCGGCGCGAUCAUCCAGAAAGAUCUUCGCGAAGGAGAGUCCUACUUCGUCGAUAAUGGACACCUUGUAGCGUGGAACUGCAAGUAUAAGAUGGAGCGCGUUGCCUCUGGUGGGAUCAUCUCUGGGAUUAGCUCGGGCGAAGGUCUGGCUUGCAAGUUUACAGGUCCUGGAACUGUGUAUUUGCAGACUAGAAACCUUCAUGCCUUUGCUGCUCAGAUGAAGAUCAGCACCGCUGGUGCUUAA